UAUGCAUAAAGAAGUUCAAUAUUAUUUACAAACAGGAAGACAACCCACAAAUCAUUCUAACAUGGGUUCGGAGAUGAGGUAUGAUCAAAUUCCAGGCCUGGUCAUUUUGCAUUGGAGCGCCAGGUGCUUGAUUUGAAGUAAGCAUAAAUUCAGCUUUGAAAUCAGCUCAUAGAAUCUGAAAAUGGAAGUAGGUCGUAUAGAAAUUGAAAUUCAGCAUUAGGAAGUGAAGAAUAAGGUCUGAUUAUGAGGGUGAUUUCGACGAAAGAGAUUUCAUUUCCCUUCCUUUAAUGGUGGCAAUUAUUUUGGAAGAGAUUUCAUUUCCCAUCCUUUAAUGGGGGCAUUUCAAGGUCUGAAGAACAAGGUCUGAUUCUUUUAUGGUGGCAUUUUAGUUGAAAGAGAUUUCAUUUCCCUCCCUUCUUUCAUACGAUGAUAUCCACUUCCACAUCCCAUCUCAAAGCAUUGUGUAGAGAGGAUCGCUUGAAGGAGGCGCUAAACGCUCUUCUUACCACACACAACCUCCCUCUAGAUUCUUCUUUGUAUCUUAAACUAUUGCAGACCUGCACUGCUAAGACUGCGCUUUCAGAGGGUAAGCUAAUCCACUCUUUCGUCACUGACAGGGGAUUUACAUUUUCUGCACGCACAUUUUUUCAAAAUAAGCUCAUCAACAUGUAUGCUAAGUGCGGUAGUUUGACGGAAGGUGGUAAAAUUUUUGAGGACAUAACAGAUCGAAAUGUCUCUUCAUGGAAUGCCAUGGUUGCAGCCAACGCAAGACAUGGAUUUCCUCAUGAGGCAUUGGCUUUUUUCCACCAAAUGCAACAAAUAGGUGUCCAACCAGAUCAGUUCACCUUUGCCAACAUCCUCUCGGUCUGCGCCAAAAUAGGAGCACUGGAAGAUGGUACGAACAUCCAUCAAGGCAUAAUUGAGAGCGGAUUUUCGUCUGAUGUUGUAUCUGUGAUUGCCCUUAUAGACAUGUAUGCGAAAUGUGGUAAUGUACCCAAGGCACGAAAACUGUUUGACAGAAUGCUUGACAGAAAUGUUGUCUCAUGGACUGCAAUGGUUGCAGGUUAUGCACGAAACGGACUUGUCGGAAAGGCUUUGGAAACCUUUAGAGAAAUGAAAGUGGCGGGUGUAAAGCCAAACUUUGCAACCUUUGCCACCAUCCUACCAGUCUGUGCUCAAAUAGGAUCUUUGGAACAGGGUAUGGACAUCCACCAAAGCAUAAUCCAAAGUGGAAUUUUGCAAGAUGUUGUAGUUGCUAGUGCCCUGGUAAAUAUGUAUGCAAAAUGUGGAAGCAUGCAUAAGGCAUCGGUACUAUUUGGGAAAAUGCCUCAGAGAAAUGUGGUCUCUUGGACUGUGAUGAUUGCAGGAUAUGUACAAAACGGGCAAACUGAAAAGGCCGUGGAGAUUUUUAAGCAAAUGCAAAUGGUAGGUGUAAAGCCGAAUUCCACAACCUUUGCCAGCAUCCUCCCAGCCUGUGCCAAUAUGGGAGCUUUGGAUGUGGGUACGCGCAUUCAUCAAAGCAUAAUAGAAAGUGGAUAUUUGUCAAAUGUUAUAAUUGCAAAUGCCCUGAUAUACAUGUAUGCAAAAUGUGGAAGUGUAGAGAAGGCACACAAAUUGUUUGAGAAAAUACCUGAAAGAAAUGUUAUCUCGUGGACAGCUAUGAUUGUAGGACAUGCACAAAAUGCUUUUUUUCAGAAUGCCUUGCAAACUUUUAAGCAAAUGCAAUUGGCAGGUGAAAAGCCAAAUUCCACGACCUUUGCCAGCAUCCUUCCAGUCUGUGCCGAAAUGGGAGCUUUGGAACAGGGAAUGAUUCUGCAUCAAAGCAUAAUUGAAAGUGGAUUUAUGUCGAAUGUUGUAGUUGCAAGUGCCCUCAUGGACAUGUAUGGAAAAUGUGGAAGCAUACAGAAAGCACAUAAACUGUUUGACAAAAUGCCUCACAGAAAUGCAGUUUCGUGGACUUUGAUGAUUGCAGGAUAUGCACAAAAUGGGCUUGUUGAAAACGCCUUGGAGAUAUUUCAGCAAAUGCAAUUAGCAGGUGUAAAUCCUAGCUCUACAAUCUUUGCCAGCAUACUGUCAGCAUGUGCGAAGUUGGGAGCUUUGGAACACGGUAUACAGAUCCAUCAAAACAUAAUUCAAAGAGGAUUUUUGACAGAUGUUGUAGCUGCAAGUGCUCUAAUAGACAUGUAUGCAAAAUGUGGAUGCAUACAUAAGGCAAGGGAUCUGUUCGACAAAAUGCCUCAGAGAAAUGUGGUCUCAUGGACUACAGUAAUUUCAGGAUAUGCUAUGCAUGGGUAUGGCAAGGAUGCUCUCAAACUCUUUGAACUAAUGCAGCACUCUGGAACAUACCCGGACCAUGUAAGCUAUGUUUGUAUUUUAUUUGCAUGCAGCCAUGCAGGUUUAGUGGAUGAGGGAUGUAAAUACUUCAAUGACAUGAGUGAUACAUACUGUAUUAUACCUACAAUGGAACAUUAUGUAUGCAUGGUUGAUCUUCUUGGACGUGCUGGCUAUCUUGAGGAAGUUUUAAACUUCUUCAUCAAAAUGCCAAUUAAACCCGAAGUGAUUGUGUGGAUGAGCUUGCUUGGCUCAUGUAAAUCACAUAAAAAUAUAGGGCUAGGUUUAUUUGCAGCAACUUUCCUUACUGAGAUGGAUCCUGAGAAUGCUGUGCCUUAUGUUCUUCUGUCGGACAUCUAUGCAGAAGCUGGCAGUUGGGUUGAUGUUCAAAAGAUAAGAAGAGUGAUGGAAGAUAGAGGAAUAAAAAAGACACCUGGAUGUAGCUGGAUUGAAGUCCACAAAAUGGUCCAUGCUUUUUGUGUAGAAGACAGAUCAUACCCACAAACAGAAGAAUCCACCUAAAGUUCUAGAAAUUGUCUUGUGAGAUGAAGUAAACAGGGUAUGUUCCAGAUUCAAGGCAUGCAUUGAAUGAUGUGGAGGAAGAAACUAAUUGUUUCUCUGCCGGGUUGGCAAUUGCAUUUGUGUUGUAAAAGGCAUUUAUUAUGGUUAUAGCCUAGGCAUGAGUUUUUCACAGUCCAUAAAGAUGAUUGAGCGCUUUUGGAUUCAACUUAAGAAGAUUUUUGCAAUCAAUAUUUUGGACCACUCAGAAUAAUCAAUUAUCAGAUUGAAAAAAAACCGUGACCAUGUUGCAACUGCCCUGGAGUGUCUGUUGACCCACACUGCAACUAAGAUUUUUUUUGAGAUUGUUCUACAAAAGAAAAGUUGUCAUGAGAGAUGCGAACCAAAUCCUCAUGUCGAUGAAGGACAAUGUUUUUGUGGAAACUAUUGGUGAUGCUAACUAAGUGAAGCAAGCCGUACAUACAGGCACGCACUAUAACAAUGUUGUAUAUGUUAGAUUUUCGGCGCUAAGCAGGAAUUGGGUGAUAUUGUCAGUUCCUUAUAAAAGUUUGGUGAGCUAGACUAUGCCGUUGACUUCCUGAAAUCAGAUGUAUUGUAAGCAUCACUACCCGUAUACCAAUGAGGUAUUUGUUAAAGCCCGGCUUUAUGAUGUGACUGAGAUGUCGUGACUUGAACCAUGUUUCAAGAAGCCUGUACAUUUCUAUGGUAAAAAGCUAACGACGAGGUUGCAGUAGAAAGCUAAGGACGAGGUUGUAGUGUUCCACGGGGAUGCGCAACCCCGCCCUCGCCUCCCACCCCCCCAAAAAUAAUACCUUCUCAAAAAUUCCGUCACCUCCGUCAUCUUUGGUGGGGAUACCGUUGGGUCGCUUGCUUUACGUCACAUGCUGUUACAUACUGAUUUUAACACUAGUUGACCUUCCACGAAGCAGUCAUAUAUAUGUUAUAUUGUAAAUUUUUCUUUGAAGAUCUCAAUUCACCUCUAUUUGUAUAUCAUCACCAACUUCGCUGCGCCGAUGUUCCCCCAUAGCUCCCUCACCGUCUUCAAAUUUAAGCCCUUGGUCCCAUCCUUGGAACCCGUCUCCGUGUCCCCUCGUCUCCUCAUCCCCCAAUUAGGAAACUCUGUGGAACACUGCGAUUUUCAGAAUGGCAAAAAGUGAAAAGAGAGAAAACUUACAAGAAACAAGAGUAGCUUAGCCAAUUGGAAUUGUGAAAGAAUGUCUUGCUACAAAACUUAUUUUUGGUAUGGUCAGUGAU